CGGGAAGCCCAGCGUGGUCUCGGCCGACUGGGGACCCGCAUACAGGGUCAGCGGAGCGGAGCCAGCCUUAACCCGGCUCUAAUCCUGUGGACCUUCUCGGCCGCCCUUGCCCAGGGAGGAAGCCGGGGAAGGGAGAAACAGCGACUCAAGGGCGGCGCGCUCUCUCCUCCCAACUCCUGGCCUCGCGCUCUCUGCCUGCAUGCUGAAGCGGGGGCCUGGCUGCGGUGGUUCUCUUGCGCCCGGCGUGGGAAGGACCUGCCGGCCUCAGCCCUAGCUAUCCGUUCUCUGCAAACACCGCUCUCGCUCAUCCCUAGCACGGCCCUCUGGCUCUGUUAGCUGGCACAACCCAGCUCCUUUCCUGCCCCUAGGCCCUGCUAUUUCAAGAAUUCUAGGGGGAAAAUGUGCACCGGCAAGGUGCGGGCCAGGGCAGGCCGGGCAACUCGCGAAACGGGCAGGCACAGGCCGCCCGGAUGCAGAUACAUCUGUCCCCUAAGGGUUUCCCCAGCUUUAUUGAUCGCAGAGGUGGGGUGGGGAUCUAUUACUGUCUCUCAAAUUUGCUCUGAAAUAGAGUCUCUUGGGAGUGAAAGUCCAUAUGAUUAUAUCAUGUCCAUAGCAGUCGCGCUGUGUCCAAAAUGGGCACGAGCACUCACUGCGCAGACACUGGGGUCCCCAGAGAGGUGGAUUCUCUCCUCCCUAGGGCUUAUUCUUGUUUCUCCAUGGACCGAAUCUCCGAAUUCCCCCAGGAACGUCUCAGCCAACCGCAAAUGCUGCCAUUGCCCCAGCCCACCCAGAGCUUUCGCUCACCCGUCCUCUUGGGGAAUUAAGACAUACGUCCGUAGAAGACUUCGGGGAUUGGGGAAAGCCACGCCGGAAUCGGGACACUGGAGAGGGCAGCCCCUCCCCAGGGUUCCCCCCCACACCCCCCCACGGUCGCAGCGCCCACGUGACCGACAGCAGGCCUCCACCGGCCCGCCCCUUUCGGCCGCAGCAGCCCACUUCCCGCUAGGGGUAAGUAAACCGCGGUUUUCCGCACCGCCCCAACCCCGCCCUCUUCCUUUUCCCUUCCCUUCACCUCCCUCGGGCUCCCUCGCGCCAAUCUCCCCGCUCCCCCAUCCUCCCCACCGGGCCCUUUGUACGUGCUCGGCGGCGUGCGAGCGCGCCCGGCACGUGACCCCGCCGAACGUGGCAUUGUGUUAUCACGUGACCCAGGUGCGUACGCGACGGAGCGGGGUGUGA